AUGCGGAACUUGCUUCAGAGACCGUUGGUGUUAAUCGCUCGGAUAUACAGACGCUUCCGGAGACAAUGUGCCGCGGACGCCUCGAUAACAGGCAUAAACGACUUUCCCACUGAGCUCCUGUUCGAAAUCAUUAUCUACCUCCCUCUUCCAGCGCUCAUCGCAGCCCGCACGGUGAACAAAAGGUGGCGAGAACUUAUCGCCGUCGCUCCCAUUUCCCCUUCCCGCCGCAGACUCCUCGAUCUCUACAUAUAUGCCAUCGCUUCGCCUUCCUUCCUCGCAACGCGCGCCCAGAUCAUUCCCAAUCUCGGCCCCUUUGAUAGAAAAGCAUACGUUGCCCGCCUCGAGCAGCAGACAGGGCAGCAUCUACCAGAGGACUUUCGCACCUGGGUGCUCGAAUGGCCUGCGCGGGCGGUGAUCAAUUGGUUAUGGCCAGGGCUGUCUUCAAGGAGGAGGUGGUCGCGAGCCAGGGUCGGUAACUCUCUAAAAGAAGGAAAGGUAGAGAUGUGUACGCUGCAAGAAGGACUGCCGUUCUAUCCCUCCAGGCCGAUCUAUUACGUCCGAAAAUGUGAUAGUGAUGGCGCACCUCAGACCAAACACUGGGUAUAUCGGAUGUACGUCCGUUCUCGGACCUACUCAUUGGAUGACUUGGACAUCCCGGAUACAGUGGAUAUAUAUCUUGCUGGCAGAGGUGCGGGCGAAAACAUGAUUGGGCAUGUCCAUUUGGUCGCGCCACUCUAUCCACGAUGA